UGAAGAUGUUUCUUGACGGAAGGCUAAAGGAGACCCUUUACCGAUCGCCAUUUUGGCUCCAUGUGAGCUAUCUUACUAACUGUCAGACAGAUAGCUUCUUCUGCAUGAAGGUGACCGUCUAAAUUUACGAAAUGGCUUCGUUGCGUUUAGCGACGAGGAUGUUCUCCGCUGCGGCAGACUUAGCGGCAGCUCCGGCCAAAGUCAGCCGCUGGGAGGCUGUGAAAAGCAGCAAAGCAGGCAAGUGGUGUCGCGGCCUGUUGUCAGAUUAUAAAGAGGCCUGUCGGGAGAUAGUGGUCGGAGCUCGGGAGCGACCGCUCAAAGCCACAGUGUAUGCGACGUUGCUGGGCGGAGCCUGGGCCUGUUUCCACACGGCACCAGACCAGUCGUCCUUUGAGGCAACUCUGCUGGACCACUCCAACCAGCUGGGCCUGCUGUCACCAUGGAUACGCAAUGCCACCUCUGACGGCCACGUCCAGAGUAUAGUGAAGCUCCGUAACGAGGGCCGACUCCGGCACGUCAACCUGGGUCUUCUCUCUCUAGUUUACCACACUUACCACGACCCAGACUCCACACUGUACGAAGCCCAGUGCUCUAAUCUGUCGAUGCCCUGGUCAGAGUUUCCCCGGCGGGUACUGGACGUGGGUUUCGCCAGCCGCUGGUGGAUCCUGGACUCAAAGAUGAAGGACUAUGAUGUGAACGAUGACGAGUUCAAGUACUUGCCUGCUCACAUGCAGGUAACGUCACCACCCACUGUUAAGGAGGUGGAAAGGAAUGAAAAGUUGCACACAGAGUCAUGGUUAACACUGACUGUGGAGGAUGAGGACAAAGAUGCACAUGCAGUGGACAAAGAGGAGGAGAGUGUCAGUGAAGAGAGCCAGACAGAACAACUGAAACAGACUCAAGUUUAAGUGCUUAUGGAAGAAUUUGCCACAAAGCAAAUUCCCAUUUUUCAUUUUAUUCAACUUCUCGGCCGUGAACUCUCCACACUGUUUACUGUCACCACAAACUGUCACAGAAACAAGAAACCAUUGCAUCUUUGGUAAAAGCAGCCCAUCAGAAUCCUCAGUUGUGUUUUAUUUAUCCCAACAUCUGUUUUGUGUCACAGAAAUAAUUGCAUUUAUAAACCACUAACCAUGUGUCAAUAAAUCUGUCAGUUACUCAGUA